AUGGGUGACUCUCUCAUCGCUCAGCUCGAGCAGGACUUUCGUGCCAUUGAGCAGAUGGACCCAUCGCUCGCGGAUGGCUUCAAAAUUGUGUACGACCGCGAGGUGCCCUGUGAGAUGCGCGCGACGCGUGGCGGGGAUGCCGGGUCCGGGACACUAGAGGGAAUGAGGGUGAAGGUGCUUUCCCUCGGCGACGAUCAUAGCCUCUCCACUAUGCGCAUUGAGGUAACGAGUGAGUCCGAUCUUUUCUUCCAUUAUACGUGCGUCAUCAACCACGCCGGCUUCCUUCGGCUGCGUGAACACCAAAGUCUUAUUUGCGACUUCCCUGACUUUCUGAUGACCCUAUUGAAGAUGUUCAACCGCUGCAUUAGAGAGCCGCAGCGGUUUCUUACUGUGCUGCUAUUAGACGAAAACGGGACGGCCAACAUGGAGUUUAUAGAAAAUCUCGAGUACAAGCUGGUUGGGGUGUUGACGCUGCCAUUCCGCGCCUCCCCGCCGGAGGUAGUGCGGGAGCAGAUUGGUUACCGUUACAGUGCCGUGCGCGCGCGACUGGCGCUGCUCACCGCCCAGCUGAAGAAGUCCAACCUUGUGCUGAAGCCACAGGAGUAG